AGAAACUCACUGUAUUUUUUUAAGAUGAGUUUUGCUAACAAAGUUGUGAUAGUGACAGGAGCAAGCUCGGGCAUCGGCGCGGCGACGGCGCUGAUGUUCGCCAAGGAGGGCGCCGAUGUGGCGCUCGUGGCGCGCACGGAAGCCAAGCUCGCCGCCGUAGCCAAAAGCAUCAAGGCGCUUGGCAAAAAACCCCUCGUCAUAGUAGCCGACCUCUCCAAGGAAGCUGACACCGCCACCGUCAUCCCUAAAACUAUAAAACAUUUCCGAAAACUGGAUGUGCUCGUCAACAACGCCGGAAUGGUUUCAGAAGGAAGCCUGUUAGAUGGCAAAGUGCUGCAAGCCUACGAUGAGGUAAUGCGGACGAAUGUUCGGGCAGUCAUUCAACUGACUAGCCUGGCAGCGCCUCAUCUUGCCAAGACAGGGGGCAACGUAGUCAACAUUUCUAGCGGGGCAUCUCUGCGUCCGUCUAGUAAACCAACAUUUCUUCCGUACUUUGUAUCUAAAGCAGCUUUGGAUCAUGUUACGCGUUGUGCGGCCAUGGAGCUAGCGUCUUCCGGAGUCAGAGUCAACACGAUCAACCCUGGGCCAGUGGAUAACGACUUCAACAUCAACAAUGGUCUUGGAGAUCCGAAGGUUAUACGGCAGGCGCUAAUUAAGGCUACGCUCCAAGGUUACUUAGCUACGAAUGAAGAAAUUGGAGGCGUAAUUCUAUUCCUAGCUAGCGAGAAGGCUAGGAGCGUCACUGGAUCCAACUACGUCAUCGACAAUGGCUGGACCAUGAAAAACUGAGCUGGUA